CUGAUCAAUGCUUUCAGACAAAACUGAUCUGCCUGCUGAAAACUAAAACAAACACGCAACAAAAUCCCUCUUAAAGUUGUUGCUUAUUUAAAGGAUUUAAAUCAAGGAUGCAUGCAGGAGGAUUUUUUGCGUUGCUGUAGUUUCCUCCUGUGGCGGUGAAAGAAACAACAGAAUACCUCCACUGCUGCUUUCGCAAUCGGCACAACUGCAAACUUCAUGUCUGCAGCACCUGUGACGCAGCUGCAAGACAAAGAGCGCCACUCAUGUGGUGAAAGGCGCAGCAGCUGGGAGGUGAGGCACGAAAAGCCCCUCUUUCUCGUCGUGGGGUGCGGAUCGGGGAAUUUCCUCCUCACAAUGAGCCUCACUGUUGAAUGUGUCGAUGUGUACACACCUACCGGAGAUCAGGUUAGCAUGGUGGGUGCUAGCCGGCCCAGAAGCGUCAGGUCUGAAUGAAAACACUGGAGCACACAGUGAUGUCUGCAGCAGCACCACUGGAUGGAGACUGAUGGAUUCCCUGUGGUUUUCCUGCCCUGUGAAACCUGACCUCCGCCUUUUAUGCUCUUCACGGUCACAUAAUGGGACGCACACAAGCGGGUCAUCUGCAUCACUCUCGUCCUGUUAGGCGAUUCCUGACAAUGCAGGAGAAGUUUAGUUACACUGUUUUGUACAAAAGCAAUGAUGCUGCUUGCUUUGUCAUGAUGGGUUCCACCCAAACCCUGGAGGGAAAGUGAAGCUCGAUCCUGGAGCUGCAGACUGAUGACGGCGAUUCCUGUGCAGGAAAUACCUUCAAUACUGAGCGCUUAAAUUGAGAUUAUUGUUUUGCACAAGAAUAAGAGAAAAAAAACAGGAGUGAUGCACUUUUUCUCCUCCAUCCAAUACCUUUUGGACACGUUGGUUAAUUUUCAACUCCAUUCAAAAGGUGUUGGUGCAAAGACAAGCAGGUUUAUUGCUCUGAUGCCUGGUUUAGUCUGCAUCCCCAGAACCAAACAUGGAGAAGCAGCAUUCGGUUUUUAUGCUCCUCUGAUCUGGAACAAACUUUCAGUAAACUGCAAAACAACCGAAACACUGAGUCCCUUUAAAUAAAGACCUGUUUGGAUCUGCCUUUGAUUAGCAACUUUAAGCACUCUGCACCUUUAUAUGUGAGACGCAAACAUGACACUCUGCAGAGGCCAAGGUUAUGGAGAGAGCAGCUCAUUUUGGUCAGGCACGCCUAAGGGCCGGGCAGAAGGACCAGAAAAACCAGCUGCCUCAGAUGGUUCCUCUCUGCACAGCAAACUUGGAGUCUCCUCCUCUUUUACCCCUUCUCUCUCCUCCCUCCUUUAAUACUCACUGAAACCGCACACCGACGCACCUCUGCUUGGUUUUCAACCCUCUCCCUGUCUCAUAUUUUAGUUUUAUUACAGCUGAAGUUGUGUUGUCUUCUUCCAUUUCUCCUGUCUGACACCUUGAGCAGACCUGCUGUGAUCUACCGGCUCAUACAGGUGAACUAUGCCUCCUUCGGCCAGCUGACAGCGGGAGAACCAUCGCUGCUCAGCGCCCACCUGGGAAGGGCUUGAGCUGGAACACAGAGGAGUCCGUUUGGUUUUUGCUGAAAAUGAGUUCAUCUGCUUCGUCUGCGCCCAGCACCACAGCUUCUUCGAACACAACCUCAGUGACGAAAUCUAGAGAACAAAUUCUGAUCCAGAGCUCUGGGGCUAUGAUUGCUGUCAUUGUCAUCGGCAUCAUCAUCAUUCUUGCUCUUGUUCUCAUCGUCCUGAAGACGUACAACAGACGGACUCAUGAGUCCAGACUGCUGGGGGGCCGGGCGGGCUCCAAACCUCGUCCGAAGACGUCCCAGUCCACGUUUAACGGCAGCGUUCCUCUGAACAGCCUGGGGGUCAGCUCCGUGUCGGGCAGCAUCACCCACUCCAACCCGGUGUCCGAGGACGGCUUCCAGCUGUCCAGAGCGGACGGGAAUCACUCCGAGCAGUUCAGCACCACCAGCGACUACAGCGAGUCCACUGUGGUCACCGUGCACGACACGCCCUCCCCACUGAACACAUAGCAAUCAGCUCCACUGGCCGAGGUUUGAAUUCAAACCAACACGACUUGACUGAACCCUGCGGGAAUCUUCUUCAGCCUGGAAACUGGAGUGCUCAGAUUACAGGGAACAAACUGUGGAUUAUGAAGGAAGUGUUUUCUGAGAAAACAUCAAGGGAAUGGUUCUCAACGUUUUCUACAAACAUCCGUGAACUUGUUCGCUGCUCACUAGUUUGGAAACAGAAUGAUCACGUAGGAAGCAGUUAUGGAUUUAGUAGAUGACAGUGUAACAGAUUUAAUUCCCAUCAUUCUGUCUUUGUGUUCUCCUCACAGAUUAGCUUUAGGUUUACAGGAAGUAAAUACGUAUUUCAAUGAAGAAUCAAUGAAGAUGUUUUGUUUAGCAUCUGUCAGCAAAACCCAUUGAUGUGAAUCUUUAAUAAUUUGACACUAAAGUAUUUUGCACUUUA